AUGAGUUCGGGAUCAGAACCCCCGCCUAUGAGCCAUUCCGCUGCCUACUAUGACCGGAGAAGCAGUCCCAGAUCUCCUCACCAAUACUGUCAAUAUUCUCCGAAUUCCUCACUAUCCCGACCUUCGCCAACAUACUUCAUUCCCGGCAACAAAGCCCCUGUUGCUUCGCGACGGACAGACCCCAAUCGAGCACAGAGUUCUGUUUCUAGUGGCGAAUCCGGGUCAACGGUUGCUUCGGAUUUCAAGUCCUUUCCGAACAAACAAUCAUUUCAAUAUGCUUCCCAGGCAGAGAGGGGCCUAGUGGGCGAGGAGGAUGUCAGAGAGUCAUACAUCAGUUCACAAGCACAUAGAGAGGCGCCCAUCGGCAGUCAUGCGCAAUCUGAGAUGAUAGAAGACCAGUCGGCUGUUCUUCGUUACAUACAACAACACCAAGCCGAGGACGAGGCUGACAAAGAGGCUGACCAUGCGAUAUGGAUAUUGUUAUGGAUGUCCUUUCUAGAUCCUUUGCACUGCUUAUUCAGUGCCAUCUUCUCAAUAUUCGCUGUUUUAGUUAUCAUCAUAUUACUUCCUCUACGGAUAUGCAGACGGGAAUCUUCCUCGAGCACUGUCUUAAUACGAAUGGUCGGCCCGGUUUUCCGGAAUCAUCUUCAGAUGAUCUGUGCCAGAUCGUUGACCAGUGCUCACACCUUCGAGUUCAGCCCUGCUUGUCUCAUCUUCAUACAUGUUGUAUCGCCCAUAAUCAGCAUCGGCAACGCUGUUGCUGCAUGGGUGUCGGCAGUCUUUUGGGUGUUCGCCAUCAUCAUGGGUAACCCAGACGGCACGGAAAAGCGAGAUGACGGCCGAGCAACAGUCUUAGGAUUGCGAGAUUGGUGGGAGAAAUGUCUGCUAUAUGCCAUAAGAAAGUAA